AUGAAUUUGCCUUCAAAAAUGUUACAAUCGGAAAAAAUUGAUCUUUUGGCUGCUCAUGAUCAGCUACGUAAAUCUUUAUUAAGUAUUGAAAAAUUAAGAAAUCAGUUUGAUUCAUUGCUGACAGAUGUUUCCGAGAUUUGUGAUAAGUGGAAAAUCGAAAAAACUUUUUUGAAGAAAAGAAUGCGUAAAGUCAAAAUUCACUUUGAUAAACUGUCUCAAGAUGAAAGAUUUGAUGAUCCUGAACAACCAAAUUCGCCGAAGAGCGAAUUAAAAAUAGAAGCUGACAAGUUUUCCAAAACAUUUCCGGUAGAUGUGUCUUCUUCAUUUUCCGCUCAAUUGUUUUCUGUUAGAUCAACGUUUUCAGAUGAAAUGAAAGAUGUCAAAGAGUUGGCGUAUUUUUUGAUUAUUCAGAAUGCAUCAUUGUCUUCAAGUUAUCCAGAUGUUUGUACUGAUCUACUUAUGUUUCUCACCGUUCCAGUCACAACAACAAAAGACGAACGAUCGUUUUCCAAAUUGAAAUUGAUAAAAAACUACUUGCGAAGUACAAUGCAACAAGAAAGACUGAGCAGUUUGUCAUUAUCAUCUAUCGAGAAUCAAAGGGCGCGCGUGAUUGAUUCUGAUAAGGUCAUUGAUCAAUUUGUUUCUGUAAAAAAUAGACAGAAGAUAUUUUAA